AUGAGUCGACAAGUGACAACUGUGUGUGAUCUUUGGGACGAGUGGACAAUAGGUCGAGAUGGAUUCUGGUCUGUUCAAGAAUUAGAAGACAAGUGGGGCGCUAAAUGGAGAAAAGACGACAGAAAAUGGUUCAAUAUCCGUAAAAAAAUCAUUGAUUCCGUUGAAGACCUUCAGCUGGAUCUUGGUCUCUCCCCCGCUUCUGCUGUAGGCGCCUUACAAAAGGUGCCCAACACUCGCCGCUGGUCUUUGGUGCAGUGA